AUGGCAACCGUCGAGGCGGACGCGCCUUCCCGCGCUCGCCGGCUGUUCCCCGCUGUCAAGUUUGUCAUCAAAGGAAGCCUGGCUGGAGCUGCUGUGUAUGUGGCAUAUGAUCAGGGGCUGCUGGGCAGUGGCACACAAGGUGCUGAAGCCCUCAAAAAAGCUCAAGCAGCACUGCCUCCAGCUAUCCAAGAGUGGACAAGUUACAUAGGCUGGGAGCUCCCACCCACUCCAAAAUUUGACUUUUCCCCCUCUGAUUCCUGGAAUAAAGGAGUGCAGACAGUCAUGUCUGCCUUGUCUGUAGCUCCCACCAGGGCCUGUGAAUACACUGUGGAAGGCUGGAAGUAUGUGAAGGAUCUUGUCAAAUGA